CAUGCAUAUUAUAAUUAUUUGUUUAUGUCGCCAUUUUCCACGUAUAUCUAGGGAAGAGAGAUGCAGCUGCACGUUAUCAGGAUCUAGUCGUAUAGCAAACAGACGUGAAUACUAGACACAAUGCUACCUAAGAUAGCUGUGAUAGGAGCAGGAGUAGUAGGUCUUUCGACUGCUGUCAACAUCCAAGCCUUGAUACCGGGAUGUGACGUCACAAUCAUCGCAGACAAAUUUGAAGCCGACACCACCAGCAUAGGAGCCGGCGGUAUAUUCCGACCUACGGAGAAAGCUAUACCUGGAGUACCUGCUGACACGAUUAGACGAUGGUCACAGGAAUCGUGGGAUUUUUUCUCCAAACUUGCUCUCUCAGAUCUCGGUAGUACAACCGGUCACAUUGUGAUGCCAGGUUAUAUAUUCAGCCAAGAAAAGAUAGAGAAUCCCAUUUACGAAGACAUUAUAUUUAGCUGUAGAGAGCUGUCUCUAAAGGAGCUCACAAAACUCAACAUGGGUCAAUACAGACAUGGUUACCAGUUAACUAGUAUAAUUGUACAGAUGUCGAAAUACCUUCCUUGGCUGAUGGAGAAGUUUGUAAGUCAUGGUGGGAAGACACUUAAGAGGAAGGUCAACGAUCUGAAAGAGUUCCAAGGCGGACCAUAUGCUGUCGUUGUGAACUGUACCGGACUAGGUAGUCAGGAGCUAGUAAAGGAUGAAAAAAUACACCCAGUGCGUGGGCAGCUUAUCCGAUUAGAUGCGCCUUGGAUUAACUUCUGGAUAUAUACAGACCAUGGUGCAUACAUUUUACCAAAUGCUGAGUUCGUGGCGAUAGGAGGCGUUAGGCAAGACGGGAGGUCUGAUCUCGCAGUAGAUCCAGAAGACAGAAAAGGGAUCCUGGAGAGGUGCUAUGAAAUGUGGCCACCGCUUAAGGGUGGAAAAAUCAUUGGUGAGUGGGUAGGAUUGAGACCUUCACGAAGUCCACUCAGGUUAGAGAAAGAAUCUAUACGGUCACCUGGCGGUGUCCUGAAGGUUGUCCACAACUAUGGCCAUGGUGCUCACGGUAUAACAUUAAGCUGGGGUACCGGUAAGGAUGCUGCUAGACUAGUUAAGGAAAUGGUGUACGGAUCUCUCCAUGCUAAACUCUGAAAAUUAUCGUUCGUAUAAUUGACAUAUAACGUUUGUUGGAAAUGUUCACUGUGUCAAAUGCCAACCUUUUCACUCUCAUAAGAAGAACAUGGGUGUACACGGAAAACGUUUGUGGGAAAUGAUCACUGUGUCUAACGCAAACUUUUCACUUUCAUUGUGUACAAGAAGUACCAUCAACAAACGCUAUUCUAUUGUUCUAUACGAGAUCAUUAACAGGUCUACCUCAGUCAACAGAGUUGAGAAGUGCAUAAGUGAAAAUAUCAAAAUAUUUUUUCCUUCUGUGAAAAAUAGAUAUUUUACAUGUAUCAUUUGUAAUUAAAAAGUCAGGAAAUUAUGCUGAAAUAAUAUGAAAAUGUUUGAAAACAAAAAUUCUUAAACACUGUGUUUGUUUGGGAAACUCACUCUUGGCCAUCAAAUGGCAAUGACACAAUGAAGAAAAUGUACGUACAAUACCGUGCAUACACAUUUGCAAUAGCACAUUAGCUUUGUGUUGUCGUCGUUGACCGAAAGACGAAGAAGAAGUAUUAUUUUUCACUUCUGUGAAGUAUCAGUUUGAUGUAUCACUUUGCAACAAACAGUGUAAGUAGAUAUUUUGGUUAUGAGUUUCCAACAAAUAAAAUGUGAUAUUAUUACCGGUAUUAAAGAUGAACUAAACACAAGUCAAUAUGGUUUAAUGUUUUUUCGGUAAAUAGUGUUUAUACGUUUGUUUGUUUUUGUUAGUUGCAGAAUAUAUAUUGCAUGUUCAUCUACAAAACCUUAUUUUAUAAACCAUUUGUUUACGAUUAUGACAAGUUUGUCUUUCAUUAUUGAAAUGUCUAUAAUAAUCGUUCACGCUUAGAAACACUUUUUCGCCAUGGUUUUAGUAUUUUAUUUUAAUAGUGCGAUUUAUAGGGAAAGAAUUAUUUUAGUACUGUGUUUUUUGCAUAACAUCUGCUUGUUAAGAAAUUUUGUAUUGCUGUGAGCGAAUCUCCUCAAGCUAUUACGUCGGUGAUAUUGGUAUAUCAAAGUGACGGUAUUUUACACUAUUAAUUGUAUAAUAGUUUGCUUCUUCCAAACAAGUGUGUUGAUAUAGAGUAAUGUGACCAUGGGGCAGUCAAGGUCAUGAAGUGCAACUUUACUUGUAUUAAAUAGAACAAAUAUUUGUUCAAGACUACAAAAUAUUCUAUUGUAUUUUCAGUUAUCUUUUAUGGUAAAGUUUAUUUCAUGUCAAUUUUAUGUUUUAUUUUAUUAAAAUAGUCAACCAAUGA